UCUCCUCAAAAUAAUUCAAAAGGACAAAUUAAUAAGUUCAUCUUCACACACACAUCACCUUCCUCACGGCUUUAUCUUUCCUUUUUGCAGAUCAAGAACUAAAGCAACUUAAAAAAAUAAAGUAUAUUUACCACUAACUAAAGUCUCCCAAUUGCUUAACAUCUAUCUAUAUCUUUCAUUUUCUUUCACCUUAUUCUAUUCAUUUAAGCAUCUUUACUCUUCAGCCUAUUUAUCUAGAAAUAUAGUUUCUUGAUUUUCUAGUAUUCUCUUCUUUUUUCCCAUAAUCCCAAUUGAUCUACUAGUUGUGAACUGUUUGUUUUGAUAUCUAAGUGAACCAGCAAAAAAUUCUGGUGUUCCUUGCUUGUGGGGUUCAUUUUCUGUUGUUAUAAACACAGGCUCGUGUUGUAGAUUCAUUUCAUUUUCAAGAAAUCACUAAGUUUUCUGAUAGUUAGUCAUAAAAUUUUGAAUUUUUUGCUUUUUAAUGGUUUUGGUGCAAAUGGUUGGUGAAUUCUUGUUAAGUGUUUCAAUUUUGGUAGUGAAAUAGAUGUGCUAGUGUUGAUUCUUGAAGUUACUAGAGAGAGAAUUUUGGGGUAUUGAAAUGGGAUCUGCUAAUGGGUUUUACUCUUGUGAUGAGUUUAAUUUGGAAGCCAAAUGGUUGAUUGAUCCAAAGCUUCUUUUUGUUGGUCCUAAGAUUGGAGAAGGUGCUCAUGCUAAGGUGUAUGAGGGAAAGUACAGAAACCAGAAUGUAGCGAUAAAGAUUGUGCAUAGAGGGGAAACGCCUGAGGAGAUCACCAAGAGGGAAGCUCGUUUUGGAAGGGAGGUUGCAAUGUUAUCCAGAGUUCAGCACAAGAACUUAGUGAAGGUUUCUUUUUUAAGUCCCAAACUUGUGUUUGGAUAUGAUCUAUUUGAUGAGCGGUUAAGACGGCUAAAUGAAUUGCUUACAUUGGUUAUUGGUUUUCAUUUUAUUUUUCAUUUACAGUUCAUAGGAGCUUGCAAGGAGCCUGUCAUGGUCAUUGUAACUGAACUUCUUCUUGGUGGGACGUUAAGAAAAUACUUGGUGAGCAUGAGGCCGAGGUGUUUGGAUACUGCUGUCGCUAUUAGAUUUGCCCUUGAUAUAGCUCGUGGAAUGGAAUGCUUGCACUCUCAUGGAAUCAUUCAUCGUGACCUAAAACCUGAGAACUUGCUUUUGACGGCAGACCAUAAAACUGUCAAACUUGCGGAUUUUGGUUUGGCAAGAGAAGAAUCAUUGACAGAGAUGAUGACUGCUGAAACUGGAACUUAUCGUUGGAUGGCUCCAGAGCUCUACAGCACGGUCACUUUAAGACACGGUGAGAAGAAGCAUUAUAAUCACAAAGUAGAUGCCUAUAGUUUUGCAAUUGUCCUGUGGGAACUCAUACAUAACAAAUUACCAUUUGAGGGCAUGUCUAAUUUGCAGGCUGCUUAUGCAGCUGCUUUUAAGAGUGUGAGACCAAGCACAGAUGAUCUUCCAGAGGAUUUGGCUGUAAUUGUAACUUCGUGUUGGAAAGAGGAUCCAAACACUCGUCCCAACUUCACUCAGAUAAUACAGAUGCUUCUGCAGUUUCUUUCUUCAGUUUCACCACCGGAACCUGUAAUUCCAGCUAGGAUUUUCACUUCAGAGAAUCAUGUCUUACCACCAGAGUCUCCAGGUACUAGCGCCUUAAUGAUCAAGCGUGAUGACUCGGGUGAGACCCCUAAAACACCAAUGGAGAAUCAGCCAAGAGGAUUCUUCUUCUGUUUUAACCAAUGCUACUGAUCCCUAAGGGAAAAGUUUGUUAAUCACCUUGACGAUAUUCCAAGUUUAGCCCAGAUAUAUCACUAGAUAACUUAGCUUUUGGUCUUUCUUCCUCAGUCCCACACAAGAAAAAAGGUACUCUUUUGAGUUUUAGCUGCUAUAGUAAACCAGCUAUGUAAUUUAAAGGUGAAGUUGGUGAAGGAAGAUGCAUGAUCUAGACUUGUUUAACUCGAAAUGUGUUCUGACUUAAUUGUGUGGAGUUUCUGGAUGCUGGAGUUGGGUUGCUGUGAUGUAUAUUAUAGUUGUAAAAAUAAGGUCCAUCCAAAGGCCUGUACUCCAAUCUUUUGUUAAAAACCUCAAUUGACUCUGUCA